AUGACUACAAUCUUGAAAACAGAGGCACUCGGGGACAUCCGCGGCAAAAGCGAUGGCAUUGUAUCUCAAUUUUUGGGUAUUCAAUACGCCACCCUUAAGAAUCGGCUCGCGGAUGCGGAAUUGAUCGAACAACGACACGGUGAUAUUUUGGAUGCGACUAGAGAUGGACCGACUGCUUUAUCGCCUCCGAUUGGGUGUCAGCUCGAGCUCAGGCACGUUCAGCAGAGCCUCCCUUCAAAAGAUCUCUCCCAAUCCGAUGUUGAUUGUCUCAACCUCAAUAUUGCGGCCCCUUCAAAUGCUACUCCAUCGUCGAAUCUUCCCGUCCUUUUCUUCAUUCAUGGAGGUGGGCUCUUCAUCGGUGCCAACUCCUGGCCACAGUUCGAUCUGGGGCGCUUGGUAAACCUAUCCGUCGAAAGAGAUGUCCCGGUUGUGAUGGUUGCUAUCAAUUAUCGCCUCGGCGCCCCAGGAUUCCUGACAUCAGAAGAGCUGCGUAAUGCCGGAUUCAAGGCAAACAACGGGCUGCGAGAUCAACGCGUUGCCCUGCAAUGGGUACACAGGCAUAUUCGUGACUUUGGUGGGAAUCCGGACAAUAUAACAGCAGCAGGCAUGAGUGCUGGAGGAGCUUCGGUCACCUACCAUCUUCAUUCCAAGGACCCCCUCUUCAAACGUGCGAUUUCAAUGAGCGGAACAUCUCUACUCAGCAAGGCAAUUACAUACGAGGAACAUGAGAAGAACUACAAUGAUGCAAUGGUCGCCUUGGGACUGUCUAAUUCAAGCCCCGCCGAGCGUGUCAAGGCGAUCCUGGAGAUGCCUGCCAGCGAGCUUAUAAGCAGAUUGCCUCCUUCCAUCUCACCAACCCCGGCCGUGGACAGUGAUAUUGUUAUUCCUGGUGCGACAUAUGCUGAGAUCGGGAAUUCUGAGUCCACCCUUAUCCCAGGGAAAGCCUGGUGCUCAGACCUUCUUAUAGGAGAUGCGGAAGCGGAUGCCAGUAUAUUUGAGUUCCUUGCGCCUCAAAUGAAGGUCAACUCGGCAAGGAACUUCAUAUCUGCGGCGAGGAAGGUGUUGGAAUCUUAUCCCGAUGAAGCACGACGCAUUUUGGACGAAUAUUAUAUUACCGAAGAAACCCCUGAUGACGAGGCGAUAUAUUCCGUUCUCAACUUUAUCACGGACAUUAUUUUCCAUGCGCCAGCGCUAACCUUUGCCCUUGGCUGGAAGGGGAAUGCAUACGUGUAUCAUUUCAAUGAAGGCAACCCAUGGGAUGGGCCGUGGAAGAAUCGUGCCAAUCAUAUCCUCGACGUUGCGUAUCUCUUUCAGAACUUCCGCGAGUACCUGAGUCCAGAACAAACCAGGGUCUGUACUUCUUUUGCAGAAGACUUUUUCAAGUUUUGUCACGGAGUCCCCGCAUGGCCGGCAAUUACCCCUGGUGACCUUAGCGUCGGGUUUUCGGCACGAGUCUACGGGCCAAGCCACCAAGGAGAAAUUACAAGGGUGACGUCGAAAGCAUUUGGUGAAGAAAGCCGACGCCGAAGUGUCUUAUUUGACUGUGCCUCGAAGGUUUCUUUGGAUCGACUGGCAAAUGUGGUAGCUGUAUUCAAAUCCGGGUGA